AUGAUGUUGUCAACCACGAGCUAUACUUUCACCAGAAAAAAGACUGGCUCGGCCGAUUGUUCCAAAAGACUAGGAAAGAGCAACAAUGAACCGCCAUUAGCUCCCAAGCCGUGUAAUUGUAAUUCCCACCAGAAUUUCGGAUCCUCAUUCGUUGUUUUACUGGUCCUUGUCUUUCGUAUGCUCGCAUGGGGAUGCUCCGCUGACGUGACCAACGAGUACUGUAGAUUGGGUGAAAGCACAGCUCUUGAAUCACUCCAUAAGUUUUGUUGCGUUGUUGAAGCCGUGUAUGGACAAUGGUACCUCAAGUCUCCAAAUCCAGCUGACCUUUUCAUGCUAUGUUAG